UGGUUUCUACGUUCAGGUGGGCUGCGCAAUGUGCGACAGUUUAUCAAUCAAUAUUUACGUCUGUACUGUCGUUACAGUCGAGCCGUAUACCUGGUGGUAACGAAAUGCGGCGAUGGGGCUUUUAAAUAAGUCAAACAAACCCGUCAUAGCCGUUGACUAAAUAGGUCAGAGGGGCGUUGUCGACUGUGGCGCGCGUGCCGAUGAUUGACAGCUUGUAUAUAACAGGUCUCGGCAAGCAGUAUGCUUCAGUUGGAGCGUUGAAACGGUCGCGGAAACACCAGUCAGGCUCCAGGAUAUUUUAAAGACGCACGCGAUCACAAUGACCGACUCGGACACACGGCGUUCGUCUCAGAAUGACCACACCCAUGAUAUCCUGACAGCCAAUCUGCCUCAUCCCGGACAAGCCAAACCCGACCCCCGUCUGCAGCAGGCCGUAGAUGAGGCGUGUCGCAUGCAUCAAGUGACUCCCAUCCUGAAGGAAGAGUUGCGAGCCGCGAUCAUGUUGAGGCGACUGUCGAGCGGUCAAGGGGAGAUAACCCACGAGGAGACUCGCUCGACGGUGUAUGAGCUGACGGCGGACGAGGUGGCGAAGCAGGAGCGAAGACGUGCACAGAACCGGGUGGCAGCUCAGAGAUGCCGGAAGAAGAAACGCCAGGAGCAAGAGACGUUCCUGCAGUUAUUCUCAGAGCAAAGCGACAAGCGACAAAAACUCGAAGAGGAAGUGGCUGAACUGCGAGAGGAGAAGCGCCGACUUGAGGCCAUGCUCGUCCAUCACAUGCUCACACGCGCAUGUCAUAAAGGUCACGUGACACCUCCUCAAAAUGGCCGAUGUGGUUCAUUUUCCCCAGCCAUCUCAAACACCACGUCCGAAGAUGAGAGUUUCUACGACUUCUUUCAGGACGACACGAAGAAAUUUCUUCCUGUUGAAACCUCCGUGAACCUGCUUUCAAAUGACUUUGAGCCCGCACUACCGGGAGAUGAAGCCUCCGUGAUCUACAACCUCGACAAUCGCCAUUUCCUGGCCGAUCUCACUAAUGAUUAGUGACUUUUGUAGUUAGUUGUGCUGCUGUUUACAAAUAACUGUACCUCAUUCAAAUCCUCUAUUUUGUAACAAGGGAGUUGUUACCGCAUUACACAGUGAUAUUAAUCGCCCGGGGCGACGUUGUUUAUGUAUAUGCAAAUAUUUAGUUUGGAUUGCGAUAUUUGACGAGUGGCUGAUUUUUGUAUGAGUUUCAGAGAUGGAUUAAACUGUUUAUUACCAA